GACCUCCAUUGGAUAGGGAUUGAACUGAGCUCUGUACGCAGCUUGUCUUGUUCAGGUGACGAGUGAGCGCAGCUAUGGAAUGGAUUCUACAUCAGUGGGACUCGGACGAGGGCUCGAGUUAUCCACCAAAGUGUCCAUAAUUCCAAACCAUCAACAGUUGAAUGGACGAAUGUCCUGGCACUGAGAUUGACCACUCAUUCAGUAACUAAGAAUAUGUGGAACCUGUAUCGAACUAGUGGAUCAGUGCCCAAAGGUGUGUGUUACUCAACCACCACUUCCAAUAUGCCCUUCGGACCGAAAGGCUCUUUGGAAACCAAAUCAAGGGAAUACCAAUACCUUCAGCAAAGCAUCGUGUCUACGGACAAGUUUCAGAAAUCGUUGCCCCACCUACCCAUUCCCAAGCUUCACGACACAUGUGACCGGUAUUUGGCGUCACAAAGACCGUUAUUGGAUCAAGCUGAUUUCAAUCAGACGGAGAAAUUGGUCAAACAGUUUAUCCAAGGACCAGGACAAACCUUGGAUGCCGAGUUGCGGCGCCAGGAUAAAAGUAAUAAGCACACGUCAUACAUUUGUGAACCAUGGACUGACAUGUACCUCAGGGACAGACGUCCGGUUAGUUUUGUACACAAUCCAGGAAUUAUGUUCGCCCAUGACACUCGCCCGGAAUUUAUGAAUCCGGCUUGGCGAUCGGCCCACCUCCUGAUCUCCACACUGAGACUGCUGAAGAGCUAUCAAGCAAAUAUUUUGAAGCCCGAAGUGUUUCAUCUCCAACCAGCGAAAACUAAUACUCCCACCUAUUGGAAUCGUGUCAAAUUCAUGCCGAACUUGAUCGCGACACCGUUGUCGUAUCUAUUUAAAGCAUUUCCUUUGGACAUGUCCCAGUACAACAACUUGCUUCAAUCCACAAGGAUUCCUCUACCUAACCGAGACGUUAUUCAAAGAUAUCCAGAUUCGAAACACGUUGUGGUUUUGAGACGAGGCCAUUUCUAUCACUUCGAUGUUUUGGAUCAAGACGGAAAUCUCUUUGAACCUCACUAUUACCUCAAGAGCAUCCAAUAUAUCUUGGAACAUGAACCCAAGGGUGAGAGCUCAGCUAUUGGCGUCUUUACUUCCGAAUCCCGAGAUUUGUGGAGUGAAAUGAGAUCAUACUUAGUGGAUGAAUUGGGAAAUGAAGCAGCAUUGGAACAGAUUGACUCUGGCUUGCAUGUCAUCUGUCUCGAUGAAUGGGACCAUGCCGAUGAGGAAGCUCCAAAAAGUACCCGAGAGAUUGUUGGCGGUUCAAAUCCGGCCAAUCGAUGGUUCGAUAAAUCGUUUAGUCUCAUUUACUCUCGGAAUGGGUCUGUCUCCAUCAAUUUUGAGCAUGCAUGGGGUGAUGGGGUGGCCGUGAUGCGGUUAAUCGACGAAAUUGUUCAAGACAGUCAAGAAAACAACUUCUUCUCUGCCAAGGAGAGUAGUAACCCCACGAUCAGUGUUAAAGAGAUCAAAAUCAAUGUGGAUGCCCGAAUCAAAAAUCAAAUCGAUCAAUCCAAGAAGUCCCACUUUGAUAGGUACAACUCUGUGGAUUUUGAGGAAUUUUAUUUCUACGGCCUUGGUAAAGACGAUUGCAAGCGCUUGCAAGUGGGUCCGGAUUCCUUGAUGCAGACUGCCUUUCAAAUUGCCUAUCAUCGUCUGUUUGGCAAAUUCGUACCAACGUACGAAAGCUGCAGUACGGCUAUCUUUAAGCAUGGUCGUACCGAAACAGUUCGACCUUGCACACAUGAUACGAAGACUUGCGCUGAAGCCUUCAAUAACUCCCAGCCAGGUGAUCCCAAGGAACUCUUGGGGUUGUUGCAAAAGUGCUCGAAAACGCAUUUUGAGAUGACCAAAAAUGCUGCACAAGGCAAGGGUUGGGAUCGACAUUUGUUUGCUAUCAAGGACCUCUGCCAUCGACAAGGCCAUCCAAUUCCAGAGUUGUUCGAGGAUCCAGCAUACUCGAGGAUCAAUCAAAAUGUACUGUCGACCUCAACUCUGGCCUCCAUUAACAUGAUUCAUGGCGGUUUCUGCCCGGUCGUGCCGGAUGGAUUUGGCCUUGGAUAUCAAAUCAGAAAUGAUUUCCUAGGAGUUGGUCUAUCCGCAUUCAACGCCCAUUCGAAUGCCAAGGACAUGAAUGAUGCUCUUAUUUCUAGUUUUGAGGACUUGAAGAAAGUCCUUAAAGCAAACUAACACUGGAUGUAAUAGUAAAUUUGUGUUGUCUUUUUAAUAUACACACAUGGGAAAAAAAAGCGCGAAAACAUCAAAUGACAUCAAACGUUGAGAAUAAUGCAAAAGAAAUUUGUUAUCAUUGAAUGUUAACAUAAAAUCAAAGAUUGUUAC